CCCCACGUCGCGUUCCCGCGAGCGUAGUCUUGGCUCCCGUUCUGCCCAACCUGCUGAGGAUGGGGCUCCUGGGCGCCCGGCGCGGCCUGGAGUGGCUGCUGGGCUUCUACUUCCUCUCCCACAUCCCCAUCACCCUGCUCAUGGACCUGCAGGCGGUGCUGCCGCGCGAUCUCUACCCCGUCGAGCUGAGGAACCUGCGGCAGUGGUAUACCGAGGAGUUCAAAGACCCUCUACUACAGAACCCCCCCGUGUGGUUUAAGUCCUUCCUGUUUUGCGAGCUUUUGUUUCAGCUGCCUUUCUUUCCCAUUGCAACAUAUGCCUUCUUCAAAGGAAGCUGCAGGUGGAUCCGCACCCCUGCAAUCAUCUACUCGAUUCACACCAUGACAACUCUGAUUCCAAUCCUCUCCACGUUUCUACUUGAGGACUUCUCCAAAGCCGGUCGUUUCAGAGGACAAGGACCUAAGACUUUCCACGAACGACUAUUCCUUUUAUCUGUCUACACCCCCUACUUUCUCAUUCCUCUUAUACUUCUGCUUUUCAUGUUGCGGAACCCCUACUACAAGUCUGAGGAGAAAAGAAAGAAAAAAUGAGAAACAUAACCCCGGGUCCAGGGGAGAGGUGACCACAGGGCAGUUUCCUGUUCAACCCAAUACCAGGAAAACUGCUCAGAACCCAUGUUUUCAGUAGUAUGUGAAACACAGCAUCACACCAGCAGCAACACACAUGAGCAAGAUAUUGGCAGGAGGGAUAUCAAACCCUCACCUUCCAAGGGCACUGGCACAAACAGACUGAUCACCUGAGGAUGGGCAGAGGCGUGCGGGCCAGCAUACGGGGAAGUGGUGCCAAAGGCCUCACUGUGUGCCCAGGCACCACUGCGGGAUUACUAAAAGCAGGACCAGACCAGAAACUAGAUAAGCUUCCAAGAGAUAUGGCCUACUUGGUAUAUUCAUGAGUCAUUUGACCCAGUGUACAUGUGCCUAACCCUUUGACUUAUGAUUCUCUAUACAGAGUAUCACUGAUCAGCAAAAUGAACAGGCCGUUUUUAAGUUUGAAAUGAUGCCUCUGUAACAUUCAUUAAAAAUUGUUUUCUUGCCCCUGCCCCUAGGUGGGGGUGAGAUAUUCUGUAAGAGGUUUAAACUUAGUUUUCCUUAAGGUUCAACUUUGGCAUGACUUUUAAUCAGAAAUGGGUCAAAUGGAAGGUGUAUUGUUUCUGUCUUAAACAGAUCAUCCCGGGAGAAGAGAUUUUUUGAAGUCUCGUUUAUCCUCCUUCCAAGCCUUAGUCUUCUAUUAUUGGUAUUUUUUACAGACCACCUAACAUAAGUUCCUUUACUGUGAGGUCUGGUGUCUCAAACCUGAGCUGGAGGUGUGCCUCCUACUGGAUAACUUCAUAUUACCUAAUAGUUUAAUAAUUCCUUCCUGUCUUGUUCCCAAAGAGGGUGGGGAGCGGGCAGCAGGGGGAGCUAGGCGUGAUAGGUCCAGUGUAUGCAUAGAGGGUCUCUUCAUGUUAGUACUUGGUAUUGUGCUAGUUUCUCUAAAUUCAUACUCAAGGCCAACUCAAAAAAAGAAAAAAGAGAGAGACUUAUGAACACACACGGAAAAUGGUAGAUGUUGGUCCUGGUUAGUUCCCCCUUUGCCUGUUUUGCUUACCAGCCCAGAUGGUCUGAUUGUUGGGAUUAUCAUCUGACUUGUGUCUGGUCAAAAUAAAGGUAGCUGCUGACCACUGCCUGGAUUGUUUUGUGGACUAGAGGCUAGAGAGUCCA